AUGAGCCGCCAAUUCACCUGCAAGUCGGGAGCUGCUGCCAAGGGAGGCUUCAGCGGCUGCUCAGCUGUGCUCUCCGGAGGCAGCGCGUCCUCCUACCGGGCAGGCGGCAAAGGGCUCAGUGGGGGAUUUGGAAGUCGGAGCCUCUACAACCUGGGCGGCGUCCGGAGCAUCUCCUUCAACGUGGCCAGCGGCAGUGGGAAGAGUGGAGGUUAUGGAUUUGGCAGAGGCCGGGCCAGUGGUUUCGCCGGCAGCAUGUUUGGCAGCGUGGCCCUGGGGCCCAUGUGCCCGACUGUGUGCCCACCUGGAGGCAUCCACCAGGUAACCGUCAACGAGAGCCUCCUGGCCCCCCUCAACGUGGAGCUGGACCCCGAGAUCCAGAAAGUGCGCGCUCAGGAGCGGGAGCAGAUCAAGGCUCUGAACAACAAGUUCGCCUCCUUCAUCGACAAGGUGAGGUUCCUGGAGCAGCAGAACCAGGUGCUGGAGACCAAGUGGGAGCUGCUGCAGCAGCUGGAUCUGAACAACUGUAAGAACAACCUAGAGCCCAUCCUCGAGGGCUACAUCAGCAAUCUGAGGAAGCAGCUGGAGACGCUGUCCGGGGACCGGGUGAGGCUGGACUCGGAGCUGAGGAGCGUACGGGAUGUGGUGGAGGACUACAAGAAGAGGUAUGAGGAAGAAAUCAACAGGCGGACAGCAGCGGAGAAUGAGUUUGUGCUGCUCAAGAAGGAUGUGGAUGCGGCUUAUGCCAAUAAGGUGGAGUUGCAGGCCAAGGUGGACUCCAUGGACCAGGAGAUCAAGUUCUUCAAGUGUCUCUAUGAAGCCGAGAUCGCUCAGAUCCAGUCCCACAUCAGCGACAUGUCUGUCAUCCUGUCAAUGGACAACAACCGUGACCUGAACCUGGACAGCAUUAUUGAUGAGGUCCGUGCCCAGUAUGAGGACAUCGCCCUGAAGAGCAAGGCUGAGGCUGAGGCACUGUACCAGACCAAGUUCCAGGAGUUGCAGCUGGCAGCUGGCCGGCAUGGGGACGACCUCAAAAACACCAAGAACGAGAUCUCAGAGCUCACCCGGCUCAUCCAGAGAAUCCGCUCAGAGAUUGAGAAUGUGAAGAAGCAGGCUUCCAACUUGGAGACUGCCAUCGCCGACGCCGAACAGAGGGGUGACAAUGCUCUGAAGGAUGCCAGGGCCAAGCUGGAUGAGCUGGAGGCUGCCCUGCACCAGUCCAAGGAGGAGCUGGCCAGGAUGAUGCGCGAGUACCAGGAACUCAUGAGCCUGAAGCUGGCCCUGGACAUGGAGAUCGCCACCUACCGCAAGCUGCUGGAGAGUGAGGAGUGCAGGAUGUCAGGAGAAUUUCCCUCCCCUGUCAGCAUCUCCAUCAUCAGCAGCACCAGCGGCAGCGGCGGCUAUGGCUUCCGGCCCAGCUCGGUCAGCGGAGGCUACGUGGCCAACAGCGGCAGCUGCAUCUCUGGAGUGUGCAGUGUCCGCGGCGGGGAGAGCCGGAGCCGGAGCAGCACCACCGACUACAAGGAUGCCCUGGGGAAGGGCUCCAGCCUGAGUGCCCCCUCCAAGAAAGCCAGUCGGUAG